AUGUCCCUCCGGUCUCUCGGUUCCCUUCUCACCCGAAGGUUGUUGUCACCCGGGAGCGGGAUCCCCCGUGCGCAGGCGAAAAAGGCACUAGCGCCGGCGGCAGGCGUGCCAGCACGCUCUUUCCACUCACUCAGGGAUUUCGCUGUUGGUGAUGGCGCAGGCGCUUAUGGUGGUGUAGCCGCGGCUGCGUUAGCUGGAUUGGUUGGAAUUCUGUAUUUCAUGAAAGGUGCAGAUGAGUCAGCCGGCGAGGUGACUAAGGAGGUGGUGGCUGGGGAGGAAGAGACUAAGGAGGUGACUAAGGUGGUGGUGGCUGGGGAAGAAGAGACUAAGGAGGUGACUCAGCAGGAAGCAAAGAAGCAGUUGGCUGGGGAUGAAGCCAGGAAGCAAGGGGCCAUAAUAGAUGCAGAAACCAAAGAGCACAAUGACAACGACUUCUCCUUGGAGGAGUACCUUGCUGAGAUGACGAAGAUGGCUGCUGCGCAGAAGAAGGCUCGUUAUGAAAGGUCUUGCAAGAAGGCUGUCAAGGAGGUGACAAACAGUGAAGGCAUCAAGGAUGAGGCAGCCAUGAAGGACGAGGCGGCCAUGAAGGCACGGUUCGAGGAAUGGAUCAAAGAGUAUGGCAAGAGAUACAAAAACAAGGAGGAGAAGGCUCGGCGCUAUGAAUUGUUCAAGGCUUUUGCAAAUAUGGUGGACAAGGCAACUGCAGAAGGUGGGGCCGUCUUUGUCACAAACCAUACCGCAGAUUGGACCGAGGAAGAGUGCCAGUGUCUGUAUGAUAGUGAUGUUGACUGGGAUGACUACAUCGAUCACAUCCGGUCUUUAAUUGAUAAGAAGAAUGCCAGGGCCAAGAAGCCUAGCAGGGACUGA